GUUUACGAUUUGCCUACGACGGAGGAGCUCCGCCGACUAUACGACAACUCCCUUCCUGUACCCCAAAUUCAGGCCUUCAACCCCAUACUCGAUCGUUCAAAUUGAUUCAGAUCUUUUCUUGUCUCUGUAAAAACCUCGAAUCAAAUCAUGGCAUCCCGAGAGGGAGAUCCUGCGUUAGGUUAUUUGACUCGUAAGGAAACCGAGGUUAAGCUUCCCCGACCAACUAGGGUGAAGAACAAAACCCCUGCUCCUAUCCAAAUCACAGCCGAACAGAUUCUGCGGGAAGCACGAGAACGCCAAGAAGCUGAAAUCCGACCACCGAAGCAGAAAAUCACCGACUCCACAGAGCUCGCAGACUAUCGGCUCCGUAAACGCAAGGAAUUCGAAGACCUAAUUCGGAGAGUGAGGUGGAACAAGAGUGUCUGGGUGAAGUAUGCCAAGUGGGAGGAGUCACAGAAGGAUUUUAAUCGAGCUAGGUCGGUAUGGGAACGAGCUCUUGAUGUCGAUUAUAGAGAUCAUACAAUGUGGUUGAAAUACGCUGAUGUUGAGAUGAAGAAUAAGUUCAUCAACCAUGCGAGGAAUGUGUGGGAUCGGGCGGUUACUUUGUUGCCGAGAGUGGAUCAGUUGUGGUAUAAGUAUAUUCAUAUGGAGGAAAUGCUUGGCAAUGUUGCAGGUGCUAGGCAGAUAUUUGAAAGGUGGAUGAGUUGGGAGCCUGACCAGCAAGCAUGGCUUUCGUAUAUUAAAUUUGAGCUAAGGUACAAUGAGAUUGAGCGAGCUAGGGCUAUCUAUGAGAGAUUUGUGCAGUGCCUUCCCAAAGUCGGUGCUUGGAUUCGCUAUGCCAAAUUUGAGAUGAAAAAUGGGGAGAUUGGCAGAGCCAGGAAUUGUUACGAAAGGGCAGUUGAUAAGUUGGCAGACGAUGAGGAAGCUGAGACUUUAUUUGUUGCAUUUGCUGAAUUUGAAGAGAAGUGUAAAGAAACAGAGAGAGCAAGAUGUAUUUAUAAAUUUGCUCUAGACCAUAUACCAAAGGGGCGGGCCGAGGAUCUUUAUAGGAAGUUUGUGGCUUUUGAGAAGCAGUAUGGUGACAGAGAGGGCAUAGAAGAUGCAAUAGUUGGGAAGAGGAGGUUUCAGUAUGAGGAGGAAGUUCGAAAGAAUCCCCUUAAUUAUGACUCGUGGUUUGAUUAUAUCAGACUGGAGGAGAGUGUGGGGAACAAAGAGAGGGUACGAGAGGUUUAUGAGAGAGCAAUUGCCAAUGUUCCUCCAGCUGAGGAGAAGAGAUAUUGGCAACGAUACAUUUACCUAUGGAUCAAUUAUGCUUUGUAUGAAGAGCUUGAUGCUCAAGAUAUUCCUAGAACAAGGGAUGUCUAUAGUGAGUGUCUAAAGCUGAUUCCUCAUAAGAAAUUCUCCUUUGCAAAAGUUUGGUUGUUGGCUGCUCAGUUUGAAAUAAGACAGUUAAAUCUCUCGGGUGCACGGGCAGUUCUUGGGAAUGCAAUUGGGAUUGCUCCUAAAGACAAGAUUUUCAAGAAGUACAUUGAGAUCGAGCUGCAGCUUGGUAACAUAGAUCGUUGUCGGAAGCUAUAUGAAAAAUAUUUGGAGUGGUCACCUGAAAAUUGCUAUGCAUGGAGCAAGUAUGCGGAGUUGGAAAGAUCUUUGAGUGAAACUGAGCGAGCCAGAGCCAUUUUUGAGCUUGCAAUUGCACAACCUGCAUUGGACAUGCCAGAGUUGUUGUGGAAGGCAUAUAUUGACUUCGAGAUAGCAGAAGGAGAAUUUGAAAGAACUAGACAGCUAUACGAGAGACUUUUGGAUCGUACAAAGCAUUUGAAGGUAUGGAUCAGCUAUGCAAAGUUUGAAGCAUCUGCCAUGGAAGAGGAAGAACAACAUGAAGACCUACCCGAAGAUGUCCUUCAAGAGCAGAGACAACUUUGCAUUCAACGUGCCAGAAGAGUAUUUGAAAAUGCAAUCAACUACUAUAGGACAUCAUCCCCUGAGCUGAAAGAGGAAAGGGCCAUGUUACUAGAAGAGUGGUUGAACAUGGAGAGUAGUUUUGGUGAGCUGGGUGACAUCGAACUGGUCCGUGUUAAGCUGCCCAAGAAACUGAAGAAGAGAAGGCAGAUAGAAAUAGACGACGGUCCAGCUGGGUAUGAGGAGUACAUAGAUUACCUGUUCCCAGAGGAAUCACAAGCAUCCAAUUUGAAAAUCUUGGAGCAAGCAUACAAAUGGAAAAAACAAAAGAUUGCUUCGGAUGACGACGACGAUGAUAAUGACGAUGAUGAUGAUGAUAUUGAUUGAUGGUUUAUGUCUCUCAACUUUUUUGGUAUUUCCUCUUUAGGUAUCUGUGCACUUUCUUUCCCUUUGAUUUUGUCCCUAAUUUGGAUGCAGUCAAAUGAAUUUGUUUGUAUUCAUAGUUUCACCCCUUUAUAGCCAAACCUACAUCUCACAUGACUUUUACAUUCUUCACCUUUAAACUUCAACCUUUAUUUUGCAUAAUAUUUUGUAUAUUUCUGC